AUGAAGUUUUUCAUCAUUCUUACAGUACUGUUUGGGGUGUUCUGUACCAUGAACGAAGCUAUUCCUGUGAAAACAUUCUUGCGAGUUCAAAAUCAACUGGGUGGUCCGAACCUUACCAUCCAUUGUAGCUCCUCAGAAGAUGAUCUGGGCAUCCAUGUACUCGUGAACGAUAUGUACUUUGAUUGGCACUUUCGACCCAACGUUUGGGGGUCAACAAAGUUCAAGUGCGACCUUCAGUGGGAACAUGGAUCAGGCACUUACACUGUUUACAAGAACGAUUAUGUGCAGCUGUGUCCCGUGCACUGUUACUGGUAUGUGAAACCUGAGGGUCCAUGUUUACAAAGCGAUGAGCCUGACAGACAGUUUUGCUCGCCAUGGCAGGGAAGCGAGGCAAAGAGAUUUGGAGAAUUAGAUAGUGGUGGAGAUAUGGUUGAGGAGACGAUUGUCCAAGACAUCAGAAACAGCCAUUUCCCAUGA